GCGCUUCCAAGUGUUUUUCAGAGGGAGAAUUUUUGAAGAGGAGUAUGCUAAAGGUAUGUGAGCAGGUGUGCCCCGACCAGAUACAGAAUUUUAAAAAUGUCAGUGUCUAGAAACACCAUCGCAGACCGAGUUAAGGAACUGGCAGGCAAUCUGACAACACAGCUGGUCAAAGAGACACGCAGUUACCAGACUUUUUCAUUAGCUGUUGAUGAAAGUACAGACAAUACGGAUACAGCGCAACUAUCCAUUUUUAUAAGAGGCGUGAAAGCAGACUUCACUAUCAGUGAGGAGCUCUUGGAUGUAGUUGCAAUGCAUGGGACGACGAAGGGGAAGGACAUUUUUGAUGCGGUGGAGAGGUCCGUAAGUAAAACUAAAUUACCUUGGGAAAAGUUGGUGGGGCUAACUACCGAUGGCGGACCUGCGAUGUGUGGAGAAAAAGCAGGCUUGGUUGGACUAGUGAAGGAGAAAAUGCAAAAAAGUAACUGCCACACACCUCUGAUAACUUAUCAUUGCAUUAUCCACCAAGAAGCUCUGUGUGGAAAGGUUCUGGAACUGGAUGAUAUAAUGAGCACAGUCAUGAAAACAGUGAACUUCAUUCGAGCGCGUGGCCUGAAUCACCGCCAGUUCCAGCUGUUUUUAAAGGAGUUGGGCUCGGAGCAUGGAGAUGUGUCGUACCAUACAGAAGUAAGGUGGCUGAGUAGGAGCGCGGUCCUCAAACGAUUUUUUGAGCUGAGGGAAGAAAUUGCGCUUUUCAUGCAAAGUAAAGGAAAACCCUUGCAUGAACUGUCUGAUCCAAACUGGCUGUGUGACUUUGCUAUGUUGUGUGACCUAGCGGAGCAUCUCGCUCGACUGAAUCAGAGGCUGCAGGGACGCAAACAAGUCAUCACGCAGAUGUCCGACAUGAUCACAGCUUUCCAGCGUAAACUGCACAUGUGGAAGUCUCAACUGGAACAUGAUAAUCUUGCUCACUUUCCUGUCUGUCAGAGCAUCUCCGCCUCAGUCUCUGGUGCUUUUUCAUGCGCUCGGUUGGCUACCAAAGUGAACCGGUUAAUAAUUGAAUUUGAUCGGCGCUUCUCUGACUUUAAAACACAGCACCCAGGCUUUGCCAUCUUUGCCAAUCCUUUCGCCGCUGACGUCGACAGUGCGCCCCAUCUCCUUCAGAUGGAGUUAAUAGAACUUCAAAGCAAUAGUGGCCUGAGAGCAAAGUUCCAGGAUGCUGCAAUCGAGGACUUUUACAACCUACUGCCCCCUGCUUUGAUGCCGCAUGCUGCCCGCGUUCUGUCCAUGUUUGGGAGCACCUACCUGUGCGAACAGAUGUUUUCAAUAAUGAAUCUAAACAAGACCAAGCACAGAUCACGCAUCAACGAUGACAACCUCCACGCUGUUUUACGGAUUGCUACAGCACAAGAUCUAAAGCCAGACAUUGACGGACUGACCAGAGGAAAACGGUGUCAGACAUCCAGCCAGAAAACAAAUAGGUAA